AUUGUGUAAUAGCGUUAGUAAGCGUAUUACUACUUUUUAAUAAGACAGAUCUGAUACGUAUACGAUUACUUACUAGCAAUUUGAAGUUUCAUGUGACAACGAUCUAUAAUUACUAGCGUGGCUCGGAGGAGACUGUGGCGCGUGGUAUUCGCCAAAGUUUUACCUGAUUUAUGUAGCGACGUAUCGUUAGACACGGGUUGCGGAGGUCGUAGAAACCCCUCCAGUCAGCCAUCCCUCCCGAUGCUAGUUCCCUUCGUAUAUAAACUGUUCGUAGCUGCGCUAUGGUCACAGUCAUCGCCGUUUGGAUCGCGUGUCCUCAGAACAGUGGAUGGAACUCUGUCCUCUGUUCGUAGUCGACAGUCAAUACCUUGGAAUUCAUUCGAACAAGAAAUUCAGCGCUGAAAACCACGAUAUGCUAUUCCGUAUUUAAAAGUUUCUAAGAAUACAGAACAAUGCCAGCUAUAUGGUCAUCCUCCGAAAGACCAAUAUCUGUUCGCACUGUCUGGGUAGACGGUAUUCGACACGCGAUUCUGUCGCCCGACGAUCCAUUGAUUAAUCCCAAGUUACGUCGACGUUCCCGUGUGUCAAGGAAUAAAAAUUACUCGACGGAAUAUCAACAAUUGGAAUCGAGACUAGAACGUUUGAAUAGUUGUUUCACGAAUUUACGAAUGGUUGUCGGUAACAAUCUUUCAGAGAAUAAACCUCCUCCUCAGGUGUAUCGCAAACUAUCCGCACCUCCUUGUCCCAGAAUGUCUAUCGGUACCGCUGACAUUAGUACGUUAGAAUCUCCCUUGAGUAUAAAUAGAAGAAUUGAAAAGACAUCCGAAGAAGAUGCGGAUUCUUUCACCGCUAGAUCGGCUUUUAAACAGGAAAGUUACGAAAGAACGUCAGAGACAAAUUCUAAAUCGAACACAACGGAAUGCAAACAGACAGAGGGGACAUCCGAUACUUUUUGGAAUCCAUUGUUCGAGAGGGUUCUCCAGUGGCUGGAUUUAUCCGGAAGGGCGCAAAGCUACGACUACGAGGAGGAUUUCGUCGGAAGAUCGCCUCGGGAAGAGGAACGAAAAUGGAGCCCGGAUAAGAAGAGAUUUCCACGCUUGAAACGCGAAUGUCCCGAGGAAAAGGAACGAAUAACGAUGAAAAAUUAUAAAUUGCAUAAACAACGUCAUUUGAGAGAAGAGAACAGGGUGUUGGAGAACCGCUUGCCGAAAAUAAAGAUAACGAAAGAAAGAUUUCGAGAAAACAACGAAACAAUGAUGGAUCCUCUAUUCUACUCGAUAGAUAAUGCAAAGAUGUCUUUAAAAUUGUACCAAGAUCAAACGAAGAACGAAACAAAAGCACAGGAAAAAUCAUCAACCAUGUGGUCUCCUCCUGAACGCUUUAAACUACACGUAAUGAUACCGAACAUUAAUUCCAAGGAGAAUCACACGUCUUCUCAAGAAUCAUUGAUCAACGACUAAAAAAAUAAUAUUCUAAAUUUUUCGUAUCACUUGCAUGCAAUGUUUUAAUUAUUCUGUAAUUUACAUCGGAUCCACCUAACAUUGUAUAGUGCCUUUUAUAAUGCUGAAGAGAAUUAUUUUCUGCUAAGAAGUCAUUAACCACUUAAACGCUUCUAGUGAAAGAAAUGUAAUAAAUCAGACUGAUAUACAUUGUCUUAUCUACAUAAAGGUAUUUAUAUCAGAAUGAAAGAAAAAUAUUUAUGUCUAAAUUUUUAUCAACUUAUCGUUAGCUUAAUUUUAUUGCACGAAAAAUUGUAUUUUUUUAUUAUUAUUUCUACGAUUAUUUCUGAUUCAAACGUGUUGUAGAGUGGUUUCGCCUGCGUUCGUAGCUUUUCAUUGAAAGUCAAUAUCCCCCAAUAAAUUCCGUUUUAUCGAGAGUCCAUUCGAUAGCCAUUAUUCUUCGUGUGAAAUAGUAAUGGGGAAUGGUGCCGGGGCGAGACGUCACGAUCGUGUUUUACGCAUUUUAACAACGCCGGCCAUGUUCGUAAAUUGUCGGGCAAAGUUAAAUAACAACGGUGGCGAGAGUUACUUAAAAAGUCAAAUAUAAUUAGAAGGGUUCACGGAGGAUGUUUAAACUACUUUAGAGCAAUUUUCCGUGACCGCGCUACGAAGGUCCUAAUAUGUUGUAAAACUUCGUGUCACGCGGUGCAAUUUGCAAAGUAAUACAUUUUACACGUUGAAACUUCGUUUUUAUGCAUCCGUAGACACAGUUUUAACGUUUAGCAUUUAAAAUGAGUUUAAAAAUAAUUUCUACUUUGGUGCCAUACUAAAUUUAAACAAAAUUAAAUGUUAUAAUUGUUAGAUGAUGGAAGAAGAGAUUUUUGUAACGUUAUUAGACUUAGGAAAUUAGAGGUAUAAUACACUGAACUUGGAUGCUUUAUCAAACUUUGUGAGUCGCGUGCCGAGGCACGUCCCGAAACGAAGCAUUAGUAUCAUAAUUGUUUGAUAGCAUAUAUUUUAUAAACUUUCGCGAAAGUUUGUCACUCUGAGGUAUGUAUCGUUAUUAGGAACGAAAAGUGUGGAUCUUAUCUUAAAAUACAACUCUCGUUAGAAAGUUUGCUCUUAUUUAACGCUGCAGUAGUUUUCUGAAAUUGCGUUUGUCGUAUGAAAAGUUCAUCAAAAGCGGCAUUAAACGCGAAAUCGAAACACGGCACGCAAUAUGAUAGUAUUGUUAUUUCAUUUGCAUGAACUUUCAACGUAGAAGCUCAUUAAGGAAAAACGAAGAAAAAGGUCUCGAUUAAUCUGUGUCCGAAAAAUUAAUAGUCUUAACUUAUAUUCUGCUAUUUAAUUUGUAAUUUGAUAUUUUUACUUUUAUACGUUUAUAAAUAUAUUGUGGAAUAACUGACAUUCAGCUCGGCAUGCCAAUUGGUAAUUAGGAACUGUAGGAUGGAUACCUCAUUAUUAAUCUGUACUACUUAUCUUUUCAAUAAUAUUAAGAAUUGAAUUCUCCAAAAUUAAUUGACUUACAUGUUAUGAUAAACUAUUAUUAUUUUAUUAUUAAAAAAUUUGAAUAUAAGUUCAGUCUAUUGGUAAUUGAGGAGUGUAGAAUGGAUACCCUAUUAUUGAUCAAUACUACUUGCAUCUUCAAUACUAUUAUAUUGAGAACGAACUUCUCUAGAGUUCAUUAAGCUACAAUUAAUCUAUAGUAUAUUUUAAAGUUUCUAAAUAUAUUUAUUCAAUAAUUUAUAUUAUUCGACUGAAAUUGAGUCAAUUACCAUGAAACUCUUUUGUUUUCGCGGAUCU